UCAGUUUAGCGUCUCCCACUUUGUCUCUGUCUUUUCAUUUUUUUAUAUAAAACUUUGACAAUCUACAGGGAAGUAAGCAAUCACCGGCCCUUCCCCUCUCUCUCUCUGUAAUAAUUUAUAUUCCUCUUUUAAGAGAGUAGAACUUAUAAAACCCAUUUCCCUCUUUCUCUGUCCAUCCAUUUCUCCCUCUUUUCUUCUUUUUCUUCUUUUUUAUCCUCUCAAAGACCUUUUUGUGUUGCAGAAUUUACUCCUUUUUAGUUUUGUGGACUAUGCCAAAAGCUGGGGUUCUUCCUGGUUAACUAAGGCCUAUUUUUGGGUGGGUUGAACUUAUAUCAGUACUAGCAGAUUAGAGGUUCUCUCAAGUUUCAGACAUAUUUGAGUUCCUAUCUUGGAACAAUGAUGAUGUUUGACGAGAUGGGAAUUUGUGGGGAUAUGGAUUUCUUCAGUGCUCCACUUGGGGAAAAAGAUGUGGCAGCCUCACAAAUUGAACCAGAGGCGACGGUGGAGGAUGAUUAUAGUGAUGAAGAAAUUGAUGUGGAUGAACUUGAGAGGAGGAUGUGGAGGGACAAAAUGCGUCUCAAACGGAUUAAAGAGCAGAAUAAGUGCAAGGAGGGGAUUGAUAUUGCUAAACAGCGCCUGUCACAAGAACAGGCGAGGAGAAAGAAGAUGUCGAGGGCACAGGAUGGGAUUUUGAAGUACAUGUUGAAGAUGAUGGAAGUUUGCAAAGCGCAGGGUUUUGUUUAUGGGAUUAUUCCGGAAAAGGGAAAGCCAGUGACUGGGGCAUCUGACAAUCUUCGGGAAUGGUGGAAGGACAAAGUCAGGUUUGAUCGUAAUGGUCCUGCUGCUAUUGCAAAGUACCAGGCAGAUAAUUCGAUUCCUGGCAAGAAUGAUGGCUGUAACUCGAUUGGCCCAACUCCACACACCUUGCAAGAACUUCAAGAUACAACUCUUGGUUCUCUUUUGUCUGCACUGAUGCAACACUGUGAUCCUCCUCAAAGGCGAUUCCCUUUAGAGAAAGGCGUUCCCCCACCAUGGUGGCCUACUGGAAAUGAAGAAUGGUGGCCACAACUAGGAUUGCCCGAAGAUCAAGGCCCUCCUCCCUAUAAGAAACCUCAUGACUUGAAGAAGGCUUGGAAAGUGGGGGUUCUCACAGCUGUGAUCAAGCAUAUAUCUCCUGAUAUUGCCAAGAUUCGCAAGCUUGUAAGGCAGUCCAAGUGCUUACAGGACAAAAUGACAGCAAAGGAGAGUUCAACUUGGCUUGCCAUCAUUAACCAGGAGGAAGCCUUGGCCCGAGAACUUUACCCUGAUUCCUGCCCACCUUUGUCCUCAGGUGGUGGAAAUGUAUCUUUGGUUAUAAAUGACUGCAGUGAGUAUGAUGUUGAAGGUGUUGAGGAUGAGCCGAACUUCGAUGUGCAAGAGCGCAAACCCAGGACUAUCAGUUCUAAUUUGGUCAUGGAGAGAAUGAGGGCUAUCCAACAACCACCUUAUUCGACUAAGGGGGAAGUUGUCAGUAAUUUGGAUUUCACGCGAAAGAGGAAACCAUCCAAUGAUUUAAACAUGGUUGAACAAAAAAUCUACACUUGUGAAUUCCUCCAGUGCCCUUACAGUGAAUUUCGUUUGGGUUUUCAUGAUAGGACUGCCAGGGACAAUCAUCAAUUGACUUGUCCAUAUAGGAACUCCUCUGCACAGUUUGGUGGUUCGAAUUUCAAUGUUAAUGAAUUAAAACCAGUUAUUUUUCCUCGGCAAUUCGGACAAUCCAAGCCGGCUGCACCGCAGGUUACAUCUGUCUCAACACCCUUUGAUCUAUCUGGACUUGGAGUUCCAGAAGACGGGCAGAAAACGAUCGGCGAACUCAUGUCAGUAUAUGAUAACAACAUUCAAGGGAACAAGAACAUGAAUCCUAGUAACAAUCUAGUUACCAAAGGUCAAAACGUUCUUCAGCCGAAAAUCCAACAUCAGCAAGAUGAAUUCUUCCGUGGUCAAGGAGUCAUGAUGGAAGGAAACUUCUUCGAGGACUCCAGCAUGCUCCAUAAUCAUCAGAUGUUCUCACAAGGGGAAGCUCAGUUUGAGCGGUUUAAGGGCUUGAAUUCUCCAUUAGACAGCAACCACAAUAACAACAACAGCUUCCAGUUGAUGUUCGGGUCUUCAUUCGAUUUGGCUUCUUUCGAUUACAAGGAAGAUCUGCAUGCAGUUGGGAUGGAUUCCAUGCCAAAGCAGGAUGUUUCAAUCUGGUUCCAGUAACAAAAGUCUCCCCCACUUAAGUACUAAUGAGCACCAGCAAAAAAGCCCUUUUGUUUUUUACUUGGUUUGUUUUUCUCAUGUUUGUAGAUGUAGAAGUUUAGUAAGUUUUAACAGGUUUUCAUCUGGGCUUCAAUAAAAAAACCAGGAAAGCCCCCAUGAUCCUGCAAUCCUGUUACCGAUUUACAAAUAGAAUGUGAUUGUCUCAUAAAUAAGUUAGUGUUAUUAUUUA